UCUGCAGUGCAAACCGACAUGAAAGCUUGGUAUUGAUUUCUAGAAAUCUUUCGGUGUGUUGAGUAUGUGUUGGCAUCUGUGUGGAUGGGGCCAAACCACCUGACCUUUGACCCCACUCUCCCACUCUGUCCCAUCUGUCUAUAGCUGGAGGCAUCACAGCGGCCGACCCCAUCAUGGACUUACCAGCGUACGUGUGGUUCGCCUGCAACUUUGAUUUCUCGUCGCUCUGCGGCUGGACCAGAGAGACCGGUAUGGGGGCAGAGUGGCUCAUCCAGACCAACGGGGCUCCUGCCGUCCACAAAGGGCCGACCCUCGAUCACACAGGCGGACCAGGGAACUUCAUCUACAUGCAGCUGAGCGACACAGACCCACCAAGUAAAACCGGUGAGGAUGAUGAUGAUGAGGACAAGGUGGCGAGGUUGGUCAGCCUGCCCAUCACCGCAACGGACACCGACCUGUGCAUGUCCUUCUGGUAUCACAUGUUCGGUGAACACGCGGGAGCGCUUCACAUCAAGCAGAGCAAGGAGGCUGAGGGGGGUCAGAUCAUGUGGACGGUCAGCGGUCACCAGGGCAGCCGGUGGAGGGAGGGACGAGUUUUACUGCCACACUCGAGUGUCUCAUAUCAGGUGGUUGUUGAGGGCGUCGCAGACAGACGCAGUGCAGGUCACAUAGCUGUGGACAACAUCCAGAUCAUUGAUGGACUCAAUGCUGAGGACUGCAAGGAUCCAGAAGCUCCGACGUCUCCGCCAACUGAGAUCUUCAUCCUACCGAUGGACUCCCUCUCACAGGAGAACAGCGAGCUCGGUGGCCCAGGCAACAUGCUGAAGACCCUGGACCCCAUCCUCAUCACCAUCAUCGCCAUGUCAGCACUGGGUGUCUUUCUGGGCGCCAUCUGCGGCGUCGUCCUGUACUGCGCCUGCUCCCAGGGCAGCAUGACAGACAGAAACUUAUCUGCCCUGGAAAACUAUAACUUUGAGCUGGUGGACGGCGUGAAGCUAAAGAAGGACAAGAUGAACGGACAGACUAACUAUUCAGAAGCGUGAGGGGAAAAGAGAGACGGAGCUGCGCUUGCUCCGCAUGGACACGUGAUGCAGCCAAUCAAGCAGGAGGAACACAGGGCUGAAGCCACCAAUGGGACGGCAGGGUGGGCUGAAAGUGAGCCAAUGUAAUUUUUUUUCUCAGGAGCGGCAGUGGAAUGGACUGACCUGUAGGGGGCACUGUGUAUAAAGAAUCUGUACAGCAAAAAAAAAAAGAAGAAAACUAAGGAUUCUAUUUGUUUUUCGGUGUGCUUUGUUGAGUUUAUGUAAUCACAUGCUGGUGUUGAGACCAAUUCAGAUGAAAGUAUCGUUUCUGUACUUUUAUGGAAAGAUAAGAUUAGACUUAUUUUGUUGUUGUUGUUUUUUUUUUGGUCUUUUUUCAGAUGUCAUAGUUUCACAGAAAGAGCGGUGUAUGUGAAAAUCGCUCUUCUGAUAUCUGGGGCUCUUUAGCUGGCCAUAUGUCUGUGUGUGUGUGUGUGUGUGUGUGUGUGUGUGUGUGUGUGUGUGUCACAUUCAUAUACAUCUGCAUUUAAGGUGUGUAUGUGUCUAGCUGUAGGCGUAUAUGUGUGCAUUACACUCGUGUUUGUCUGUAUACAUGAAGUGCAAGCAUCUUUCCGUGUGUGUGUGUGUGUGUGUGUGUGUGUCUGUGUGUUUGUGUGUGUUUGUGUGUGUCUGUGUGUGUGUGAAAGCGGGUACCAUCGUGACCUAUGUCUAGUUCCGACAGUGCCUUUUUUUUUUUCUGUUGCCUUGUUUUCUGCUGGUUGUUUUUCUCAUCGGCUGGCGUUCCGUCCAGGGUUCCUACACAAACAUGUGGAAAAGUGAUUACACAACUACAAAUGGUUGGUAUUGUAGUAUACUGUCAAAUAGCGCAUGUGUUGGUGUAGAUCUGAAGAUCUGGCCUUGAUGACAGUCGUACUUACACCCAUUAAAACGUUAAAAUCCAAGUUAGGCAGUUAACAUUUAGGUUUUGGAAAGCUUUGGAAAAACUCUGGAAUUUCAGAAUGGAAAAUGUGUAGGAGCCCUGAAUGCCUCGUUUUCAUGGCACAUGACGCAUCCAACACAUUGUAUAUAGGUUUUAAUAUAUUUGAGCACCCUUUUCUAUAGAAAAAGACACCAGUGCCGCAGUAUCCUUUCUGUGUUGGAAUCAAACUUGCCCUAAUCUCCAAAAAUCUGAAAAUGUACAGAAAAUAUUAAUUUUAAGAAAACAUGUUGUUUGUGUUUCUUUUACAAAUAUGAUCUGGUUAACGUUUUGUGAAUUUUGUCGUUGUUUCUAUUUGUGCUCUGGGAACAGGAAGGUUUUUAAAAGGAUGGAAAUAGCUUUGAGAUUAUGUGAAAUGGCUUACGGGAAGUGAAGUUUUUGUACAGGGUAAAAUGAACAACCUCAGUACCACUAAGAUGACGACAGUGCGUCAAGGAUGGAUCAUCUGGAUUGAAAUAUUUUAUAUUAUUGCUAAUGGCUAACAUUUCUUACUGGCACACAAAAUGACUUAAAUGAAUGAAUUAAACCUCUAAGCAGAAGUGUGUCCAACAGCCUGGAAGCCAUCAGAAAGACUUCAAGUCUCACCAGGUCCAUUGGCAUCUUUUAUUGAACUGUGGAGGCUCUGAAUGAUUGAAAAAUCAAGAAUUAACGUUUGCCAUGACAUGUCAGUGUUUUUCUUGUGUUGACUAUCAGAGGAGAAAUAUUUGAUGGGGCAAACGGAUGUUUAACAACCCCAACAGGUGACUAAUUGCAGCUGAUCAUACUGUCCAAUUCUUGGCAGUGUCCUGGAAAUAACACUCAGUCACAUUUUCAUAACAAAGAUGAGUUUACUAGCUAAUCAGAGCAGCAACCCAACAGGAAUGCCUUGUAAAACCACAGGGCUCAUUCUUUUCAUUUCUUUAUUUCAAAGAAAUCUUAAAAUUGGACUUUAGAAAGGGUAAUUUGCAGUGAAGGCACUCUGUCUUUGUUUUUUGCAUGUUUCUUCACUUUUUUCUGUGGGAUUCCCCAUUUUACUCAUCUCUAUUUGCAAGAGAUUUAUUUAGCUAUCAAAGCUGCAAAAGGGCCUUAUUUCCUGUCAUCAACAGUGAUCAAUGUCCUCUUAGCAACUUAAAAUUCCUGGAUGAAAUCACUUUAAACUGAUUCCUUCUAAAACAUUUGGGUAUUUUUCAGUGAAAAAUUGGUUUAAAACUGAAAACGACGAGCCAUAUAAAUACUGUACUAAUACUGCUUUGUUGUGUUUUAGCUUUUGUAGCUAAAUGUGUUGUGAUACUGGUGACUUGUUCAUAGCACUGUAUAGGUGAGAGGAUUGAGUCUUUGAAGCCAGAAAUUUCACCAGUCAAUAACUCAUUGGUAUCAAUGAACAACCUUAUCAACCUCCAACAGAUGUUAUAUGUUCACUCUGUGAUAAAAUACAGGACAGUUCUUGCUGAAUGUCUGUUUAUCCUGAGUAAAACUGACAGAUCCUUUACUUACAAAUAUUAUAAAGCCAUUAAGCAGGUAUGAUAGUUUGACGUAUUGCCUCUGGCAACUGGGAGAACACUGUAAGAUCUGCCCAUUUUUAAUGUAGCAUUAUGUGGCAUCAUGUGAGCUCAAAAUGUGAAGUGAGACUGUUCUUCAGUAGUCAAUAUAGCAUGCAUUCUCAAUUAUUUCCUGAUGAGGCUUUAGAAACUCUCAUUUUAUCAGUUUUUGUUGUAAAGAAAAUCCACCGCCUCAAGUGGUUCAGUUUAAAUCAAAUUAUUGUCUGUAACGACUGAGAGAGCAUUUCCAAUCAAACAAAGGUGCUCUGACUCUUGAGAUGUUCAUUAUUGUUAGCUCUUGAAAAUCACACUGGUUCAAUCGUCUUUGUAUAAUAUCAACUACAUAUGGUUACAGCAGAAGAACCAGACAAGAUUAUGGGAAUCAAAAUGUAAUUUCAGUCUGACAGAAUGUGUUUCUAAUAUUUCAGACUGACAUCAAAAAGCUCCUUCCCCUUUAAACAAGAAAGGAUGCUGCAGCACUAGAUGUAAAAACAAAUGUUGCACUGAUAUAUUUAAAAAAAAAUCUGUGUUUAUGAUGUUGAUUUAUGAGAAGAGAGAGAGAAGGAAGGAGAACACAGUGUUAUUGUUGCUUCUUUUUAACACAGUUUCAGAUGACAAUGUUAUAAUUCUGAAAAGUACAAUUUACAGAGAUGUUUUUCAUUCUCGAAAAAGCUUAUAUCUCUUUGAAAUGUAACAGUUUUAUUUACUUGGUAUAAUAUCACCUUGUGUUUUUGUCACUGAUGUGUGUGCCAUUUUUUUUUUCUUUGUAUGACAACAAAAAAUGUUUUAUUUUCAAUACUGCUUCUGUAAUUUUUGCUGUCCCCAAUCCAGAAAAAAAAAAACAAGAAAGAAAAUAAGGAAGUAAAAAAAAUGGAAAAGCAGUGAGGCCUUAAGUGACUAAAAGUAUUGUUUGUACUUUGACUUUCUGGUCAGCACCCAGACUCAUCCUUCUCUGUCGUCUCAGACUCUGAUCAUUGACUAUUACAUUCCAAAGAAUUGGAUCGAAUAAAUGUUUUAAGUAAAA